AGAGAGAGAGAGAGAAAGGGAGAGAUAUAUAGCUUAGGCAUAAACAAGUACAUUUAGAGAAGUAAUUAAGUUUCCAAUAAAGCAUCAACAGAGAAGGACUCUACAGCUCGGCACCUACUUUCAAACCUAUCGGCUCUGGCUCCUCCCCAAAUCAUCUUUAGGAAGUGACCAGCCAUGUUGAGGUUGGAUAGCUUGACUUCUCAGAGAAGAGCAUGGCCAUGUCAGGGCGUGUGGGACAGAUGAAGAAUCAAGAUGAGGUCCACCAGAAUCAAAUCUUGCGGGAACAAUUUCUCAAAGAGCUACGGGCACAGAAGCUGUACACGCAGUAUCACGUGAAUCCCCUGCGCAAGGUUCACACAAUUACGAGGAAGCCCAUGUCUUGGCAUGAUAACUUGGAAGAGGCAGAAGAUGCCAAGUUCCUGAACCUCAUUCACCAUGCUGCACAGGGUCCAAAAAAGAAAUAUUCAGAGGCACAGACCGAAGCCCAAGAAAUCGGAUGGGACCCAUAUCCUUUGAUCAACCCAGACCGUCAGGACCACAGGCUGAACCACUUCAGAGUCUACCAUGACAUCACUCUGUAUAAGGCUAAACUGUGGAGCCUGGGGGAGGACGAUCACCAGAAGUAACAUUCUCUAGGUGGAGUGAACCUGCACACUGAAUUCCCAGUGCAUGUGUUGCCUAGAGGAAUAAAGGCUGCUUCUGUCAAAACCUA